CAGCUGUAACAAUCGUUACUUAGCUGCCUAUUUCUUGCGACACGCGCACACGCAAAAACACCACAAAGGCUAUUGGGCUGCCAGGCGCUCGAUCGCUUUUUUUUUUGGCGACCAACAGCGAUCGAUCAACAUGAAAUUUGGGCACGAUCUGCCGCGUAACCAGGUCCCGGAGUGGGCUCCAUCUUACAUCAAUUACAAAGGCUUGAAGAGGCUCAUCAAGACCUCCGCUGAAGCCUCGAGACACGGCGCAGAACCCGAUCUUGCUGAAUUCUUUUUCUCCCUCGACCGCAACCUCGAAGACGUAGACGCCUUCUACAACCGAAAGUACGCAGAAUAUACUCGUCGACUAAGGUUGCUGCAAAGUCGAUAUGGACGAAUAGCACAGCUGCCAGAGGGUAUUGACAAGGACGAGGCACAAGAUCUCGUGGAUGCAUUGUUAGAGUUGCGCAGCCAACUGCGGAAGCUCCAGUGGUAUGGCGAAGUCAAUCGGAAAGGAUUCGUCAAAAUCACCAAGAAGCUGGACAAGAAGAUUCCAACUUCAUGCACGCAGGAGAGAUAUCUGGUUUCAAGAGUCAAUCCAAAGCCAUUCACGCGUAAUUCCUCGCUAAGCCAGGAUAUGAAGACCGUCAAUGAGUGGCUUUCUGGACUGGGCGAUGUCAAGACUUUUGAUGAUAGCGGCUCCACAUAUUCAGCAGCAUCUUUGGGACGGGUGCCUGGACGCUCGCUGAACCUUCCUUUACCAUUUCUGGAUGCAAUUGAAGACGCGAUCCGUAGCGAUCGUGCCGAGGACGUCAGCCGUCUUCUCUCGGAAGCAGCUGCCAGCAACGAACCAACAAGCUCAGCUUUCCAGCAGGUCCUCUUGAACUUUCUACAGCGCGCUAUUUCUCACAGAGCCAAGGGUUGCAUCCUGAGGCUUUUGCAAGAUAUUGCAACACUAGAUGAGGAAGAUGACAUAAACAAACGGAACGUUGUUCACCGUCUUGUCAUCAGUAUUGGUCGCUCUAAGACUGGCGAAACAUUGGAUGGUGAAGCGCGUCUCCCGCAAAGUCUACUGGAUGCACGAAAUUUCAUCGUGCCAGCCACGGCACCGAAUAGACAGCCGCGACCAUGCACGACCACAGAGGAAGAGUCUUCGAAGCUUCUAAGCGAGAAUGACGACUCUGUGCAGCUGCUUGUCUACCUGCUUGAUCAGCUGCAACCGCAUCAACGCAUCGCCCUCCAAUCACGCGAUGCAUUUGGACGCCUGCCACUCCAUUAUGCUGCUGGAUACGGCUUUGUCGUGAUCUGUCAAGUUGUGAUCAAGCACAUGCAGGACUGGGGUCAGUUCAAUGUCAGUCAGGGUAUCGACGCACAAUACUGGCAAGAUGCAGAAGGUGAUGCGCCACUCCAUCUCAGCGUAAAGGGCGGCCACCCCUUGACCACCAGAGCGCUACUGGAGGCCGAGAAUUGGCGUGGCGCAAGCGAGGCGAAACUCACGUUAAGAAAGACCGUUUCUCAAUCCGGAGAAGCUUUGGCUCUCGCCACGAAGUCAAAUUUUGUGGCCAUCGUCAAGUUGCUGGUAGAUGCUGGUGUGAACGUCAACUAUCAGAACAAGCAAGGAGAGACGGCUUUGCACAUUGCUGCGCAGUAUGGUCAUGUUGAAUGCGCCAAAGCUCUACUGGAGCGUUCAAACGUCAACAACAUUGAUCUAGAUGUGCCCGAGAACACAUUCGAGUGGACACCGUUGUUCAAUGCUUGUGUCGAUAAUAAUUUUCCUGUUGUCGAGCUUCUGGCCACGGCUGGAGCAGAUCUGCAACGGUGUGAUAAUUCAGGAUGGACAGCUAAAGAGCAAGCAGCGCUUCGAGGUCACAUGAAAAUUGCCCAUUAUCUUGCAGAUCUCUGCCCUGCAACGGAUCCUCCAUCGGACGCAACAACAGCAGAUACCAGGAUUGCUCGAGCCGGAUCGCCACCGCAAUCAUCUCUUGACGAGAAGACAUCCAAGAAUAUGGCUCGUGAAAGCACUCAAAUUAUGCAGAAGGCGCCGGAGCCAGUAAAGAGCUUUGGCCAUCGAUAUCUCUCAAAUGAGACCAUGAUCCUGGUCAGUUUGGGCUCAAUGGACAUGCGGAAGAAUGUACCAGCUGUCGCUCUUGAUGAUAUUCCCAUGGCCGACGCACAUACUACUCAGCUCGAUACUGCUCUAUCAGUCUUUGUCUCAGCAUCUGGUGCCACAGGCGAAACAUACCCCAUCGAUUUACCGGUUCAGGACAUUGCUACAGAACCAAUCACUUUCAUGACUAAAGACGUUAGCAAGGUUCGGCUACUUUUCGAUAUUUGUCCGACUUACGCAGGGUCAAAAGAUAGCAUCGUUGGUCGUGGCGUCGCUCUUCUCUCGACUAUCAAGACCCACAUUGGUUCUAAGCGUAUUCCAUUACAAGGAGACGUAAACGUUCCGAUCAUGGCGGCAUCGACUUUACAGGUCAUCGGCACAGUGAACUUCAAUUUCCUGGUAAUUACGCCAUUCCAGCAUCCAAAUAUGUCCAUCACAGAAGAGCAUACGUACUGGAAGAAGAUGGCGACAACUAUGGUUAUUGGUCAUCGCGGUCUUGGAAAGAACACUGACAAACAGAGGACGCUACAGCUUGGUGAGAACACGAUUCAAUCUUUUAUCUCUGCUGCGAAUCUGGGAGCAGAAUACGUGGAAUUCGAUGUGCAGUUGACGAAAGAUCUCGUCCCGGUCAUCUAUCACGACUUCUUAGUCAGCGAGACGGGCAUCGACGCCCCUGUUCAUACUCUCACAUUGGAUCAAUUCCUUCAUAUUGGUGAAGGCCAAAAGCCACGAUCGUCACGCUCUGGUUCUCCUGAGAGCGUCACUCCUGUUAGUGGUAUUCUUGGCGGCGAGGAGUUACGUCCGAAUACCAAGAGACUGCGAUCUUACUCUGUGGACAAUUCGACACAGCGCAACAUACACACCGAGCGUCAAGACGAGCUUAAAGAGCGGAUGAAAUACACCCGUGAUUACAUCAAGAAGGGUUACAAAGGCAAUAGUCGGGCCAUCUCCAUCGGAUCUGACUUCACCACUCUUGAACGCAUGUUCAAGAGCAAGGACAUACCAGCAUCCGUUGGCUUUAACAUUGAGAUGAAAUACCCCAUGCUACAUGAGUCCGAAGAGGAAGAGAUGGAUCAAUAUGCCGUAGAGCUGAACACCUUCGUCGACACAGUCUUGCAGGUCGUGUAUGACCAUUCAAACGGGCGCAGGAUAGUAUUCUCUUCGUUCAACCCAGACAUAUGUUUGAUGCUCUCAUUCAAGCAGCCUUCAAUUCCUGUCCUGUUUCUUACCGACGCGGGUACGUCAGACGUGGGAGACAAGCGAGCAGCUAGUUUGCAGGAAGCCAUUCGGUUUGCCAGUCGAUGGAACUUAUUGGGUAUUGUGAGCGCUGCAGACCCUCUGGUUAUGUGUCCGAGGUUCAUAAGGAUGGUUAAAGAGAACGGCUUAGUGUGCAUGACCUACGGCAUGCUCAACAAUGAUCCCAAGAAUGUCCGAUUGCAAGAGAAAGAGGGCAUCGAUGCCGUCAUCGUCGAUAGUGUCCUCAGUAUCCGGCAAGGUCUGCAAGCACCCAGUGAGACCAAGAUCAACAGGAUCAACGGUGGUCCGCUUCCGAUCCAUCCUCCACCUAUUCCAGUGAUCAAAGAGGGUAACGAACAUGUACCAGCAGUGCAUAUCAACGGUCACUCGUAGGUAGAUCAGUCUGGACUCAUCAUUACUGGAAGGUUGAUUUGGCUAUAUUGCAUUGUAGUGGCGUACGUGAUGUCCCUUAACGGACUUUGAGCAUCUCAUGGCAUUUUCAUGUGCUCUCUUCACAUAUAUCGAAGUUUGCAAACCUUGUUUCAACAGUAUAUUCUUGCUCAUACUGGCACCAAUCACACGACUAGAGAAAGCUGAAGACAGAUUAGUGGUUCACUUGGCUCUCAUUCUUUAAAUACUGUACGAGGGAUGACCCACCGCUCAUACGAGUACCUUCGAACUUUUUCUAAGGUAUCCCAACAUAUGGAUCUAUAGAGUAUUACGUCUUUAUUGAGCCACACUUUGCAUGUAAAGAUCCGCUCUGUCGAACUUAAUGCUAGCGAGAGAAAGAGGCCAGCGUUCAAGCGCGGCACGCGGCCGAGGUGCGGGGGUGGAACAAACUGAAACCCCUUCAACCU